AUGCUGAACAUUGUGUUGGCAUCAGGUGUCUACCUGUCUCAAAAUGGCAAUGCUCAACUAAAUCCAAUAUCACUCAAUGUUACAAUGGGCCGAUUGCCAACCACCCCAGGCGAUGUGAUCAUUGAUCUCACUCUGGUCACCAACGUAUUCAUCAACAUGACCCAAGCCGAUACGACAGUCCUGCUCCCGCCCACCAGUCUGACACUCAAUAACAUGACUUUGAUCAAUGGAUCAAUCACCUCUUACGUCAACCUGGCCAACAUUGUGUUGAACAAUGUCACCAUCUCAAACUUCAACUCUGUAUUCUACGGAGCGAUAUCAUUGUCCAAUCAAUACAAUGGCACCCCAGCACCAAAGUCAUCACUCACUUUGAACUUGUGCAGCAUCAAGAACAGUGUGACCGGACCCACCAUCGGCCUCUUUGAGGUGUUCCAGUAUGACUUGGUAUUCUCUAAAUCAUUCUUCACCAACAACACUGGCGACACCCUGGUCUAUGGCAUCAACUCGAACGUCAUGUUCAACUACUCCUACAUACACUUCAACAGAGUGUUCUACAACCUCUUCCAACUGGACUCGACCACAACAACAAUCCAAAACUGUUUGAUCAUCAACAAUCGAAUGAUUGGUAUCAAGUUCAUGUCGUUGAUCCUUCAGACUGCCGGAUCAAUCAACAUGACCAACGACAUCAUCGACACCAACGCCAACUUGUACAGCGUGCUCACCAUUCAGCGCACCAAUGCAACCAUCCAGGGCUCAGUGUUCACCAGUAACAAUAUCAAUGGAUACCUUGUACAUGGUAUUCUUUCAAACAUGACAAUGUCAAACAGCACCAUCCAAGACAACACGUAUAAUCAAACAACGACAUUCUACUUUGACUCUUCCGAUGUGAUCAUUGGUCAAGUGACAUUUGGCUCAGCAUCAUCAUUGUAUGACAACAGUAAUAUUCAAUGUUCAAAGGGCAACAUCACUUUGAACAACAUCGAGAACACCAGUGGAUCAAAGUUGAUUGAUUGUGAUGCUGACAAUCAAUGUGAUAUAUAUGGUGGUGAUGCAGAUGAGGCUUGUGACAUGCCAUCACCACACCACAAACCACAUGACAAAGGACUUAGCACCGGUGCCAUCGUAGGCAUUGUAGCAGCGACACUUGUUGGAGUGGCCGGCAUCAUUGGUCUCUCGAUCAUCAUCAUCAGGAACAAACAAAAAGAGAACUAUAUUCCAAUUUAA